AACGGUUGUUUAUCUUUGUUUACCUUUUAAUUGCGGUUAAAAUCACACAAAAUUAAUAAUGUCUAAUAAGCCAACUGAAAAUUUAUCAGAAUUAACUGUUAAAAAGCUAUAUAAUUUACACAGCGAAGAUGUGAAUACUUUAAUUGUGGCCCUGGUAUUGAGCAAAACAGAACCCAAUAUUUUUCUGGCCAAAAAUGACACCGUCUACAAAGGUGUCAUGAAUUUUACGCUGCGCGAUUCCAAACAUCAUGUGGUGAAUUGUAAAUGUUGGGGUCCCCGGGAAAAGAUAGAAGAGUAUAAUGAAAAGAUAAAAAUUGCCGAUAUUGUUGAUGUCAUAUGCUGCAAGGUAAAUAGUAUUAAAAUUGAGGGACCUGAUACUCAACAGGCUAGAUAUCAACCUUUGGCUACACUACCUAUUAGCUUGGUGCUAAACGAUGGCCAAGGUUUUAUGGAGAAACAUAAUUUUCACGAUUUGGAAAACUAUAAAGAUCUUAAACAGUUGUGGCGUUUAUCGCAUAAACCUUUAUAUUCGGUUUUAAAUUUGGCCGAUGUUAAGAAUUCUUUUCGAGAUGCCCAGGCAGCUGCUAUGCACACAGAUUUUCUGGUGGUAGUGGCUUUAUUACGUCCCUUACGUGAACUGAAGGCCGCUAAAGAUGGCAAGUUGCGUAAAUGUUUGGAAUUGGUAGUGUUUGAUCAAAGUCUACCCAGUGGCAUGAUUUUAACUAUAUGGCAUCUGGAUUGGAUUGAAAGAGCUAAGAAGUUGUGGCAGCCAUUGAAAACGGUGCUUCAUUUGAUAGACAUUAAGGUCAGCUAUUCGGAAUUUUAUAAGGGCUGUAUGUUAAGCUUCACUUCUCGUAGUUUAAUCUAUGAAAAUCCUAUGGGCCAGGAAACGCAGAUGUUAGUGGAGUAUGCUGAGUCUAUGCCCAAGACACCAUUCGAAAUGUUGGCCCAGCAAAGUUCAGAUUCGUUGCCAAAAGCUGAUCAAAUACAAACCAUAAUGACCGUACGUCAAAUCUAUACCCGAGCCGAGGGACAAUUAAGUGAUACGAACGAUCAAUUUACAGCCGUUCUCUAUGCCCUGAUCAGCCACAUUAAUUUGGAUCUACAAAGCUUUGUUUUAAGCAAAAGAUGUAAAUCCUGCCAACGUUUAAUAUCGUGGAAUAAAACACUCUGCGAAAUGGAACAAUGUCAAAUGGGGCUGUCUUUCAAUUUUUCGGAACAAAGUUUUGAAUAUUUCUUCAAUAUAAAUUUACAUCUAAGUGAUCAGACGGGUACCUUAAUGGAGGCUAGAUUAACAGACAAAACAGCAGAGCGUGUUUUGAAACUAAAUACAGAACAAUAUCGUUUGUUAAACGAUAAAGAUUUGGAAAAUUUAAAAUGGUCCUUUUUAAUGCAACAUUAUGAAGUCAAACUUUUGAUUAAGAAACCCAAUAUGUUAAGACGUAAAUUGAUAGUGAUUGUAGUGGAUAUGAGAGCUAUAGAUAUAGAUGAAUUAUCGAAAUAUAUUUCAGCAUUUUAA